AUGACAAAGACUGCGCCUUAUGGAACCUGGACCUCACCAAUAACAACUGAUGCAAUCUUGCAGGGAGGUGCUAAGCUCAUUGAACUCUUCGUGGACCCCAUCACAUCUACGAUCUACCAUAUCGAAGGUAGACCGCUCGAGGGCGGGAGGAAUGUCAUCGUGAAGACAGAGGACGCUCGCGAUGUCAUAGGGCGGGAGUUCAACGCCAGGACAGGCGUCCAAGAGUAUGGCGGAGGCGCGGCCGUUGCACACAAUGGAGUUGUCUACUUCUCCAACUUCUCCGACAACAGAGUAUACAAGGUGACGGACGGGCAGCAGCCGACACCCGUGACUCCAGACAACACCAACCACCGGUUCGCCAAGAUCGACGUGCACCCGGUGCACAACCACCUCCUGGUCGCGAUCAUGGAGGACCACACUAAACCCGCGCCGCCCGACGUCGUGACGACGCUAUGCGUGAUCAACACCCAGACGCGCACCGUGACCACGCUCGUCUCUGGCGCGGACUUCUACGCCUUCCCGUACUUCUCCCCCGACGGCACGCGGCUUGCCUGGCAGCAGUGGUCCCACCCGGACAUGCCUUGGGAAGGCGCCGAAAUUUACGUCGCGGCGGUGUCCGCGGACGCGCAACGCCUCUCCGUGCAUGACCUCACAUAUGUUGCGGGCAAGAAGAUCGACAUCAGCGCGUCGUAUCCCUGCUGGGCGUCCAGCGAGCUGCUGCUCUUCACGAGCGACGUCUCCGGGUACCAGAACCCCUGGAAGUACGACGUCACAGCGGGGCGCGCCGCACCGGUACUCCCGGAGCCCGUAGCGCACGACUUUGCGGAGCCAGCACACAGCCUGGGGAUAGAAUACGGCACGGCGCUUGACGCGGGCGCAACGAAAGCGCUGUACGCAGCCCUGCGCGAUGGCCGCAGCGUGCUGUACGUCGUCACGCUGAAGAGCGGGGCGCUGGAGGAGCUGGCGUGCCCGUACGUCGGGAUCAGCGCGGUCAAGCGCGUGACAGAAGAGUCGGUUGUGUUCCUUGCGGACCGGGCGGACGCGGCGGGCGGCAUCGUCUCGAUCGAGCUGAAGGUCGGCCCGGAUGGCGAGCCGCUGCAUGUGCUGUACCUUCCGCCAAAGAACCCUGAGUACACCGCGCCCGAGGGAGAGAAGCCGCCCUGCAUCGUGAAUGCGCACGGCGGUCCUACCGGUCGCGCGUCCCUAGCGCUGAGCUGGGAGAAGCAAUAUUUCACGAGCCGUGGCUGGGUGUGGCUUGACGUCAACUACGGAGGCAGCUCUGGCUAUGGACGAAGAUACAUCGAGCGCCUAGCAGGAAAGUGGGGGAUCGUCGACGUGGACGACUGCGUGCACGCGAUGCAGCAGCUGGCGGCCGCCCCGUAUUCCCUCAUCGACUCGCAGCGGAGCGUCAUCCGCGGAGGGUCUGCUGGAGGAUACACCACGCUCGUGACGGUAUGCAGCUAUCCCGACACGUUCGCCGCGGCCACGUCGCUGUUUGGGAUUGCGGACCUGCGCGGGCUUGCCGAAGACACACACAAGUUCGAGUCGCACUACAUGGAGAAGCUGAUGGGCGGGACGAUCGAGGAGAUCCCCGAAGUGUACAAGGAUCGCUCGCCGAUGUUCCAUGCUGACAAGAUCAAGAGUCCGCUGCUUGUGUUGCAAGGCGCUAUCGACGCAGUAGUGCCACCUCAGCAAGCCCAGGUGAUUGUCGAUGCCAUCAAGAAGCGAGGCGGGCGCGUCGAGUAUACUAUCUUUGAAGGCGAAGGACACGGAUGGAGGAAAGCAGAGACUAUCAAGGUUGCGUUGGAGCAGGAGUUGCACUUUUACGAGGAUGUGCUUGGAAUUGUGCCGGGUGCAUCGACAUGA